AGAAUGGCAGGGAACUUCCCGUUUCUCUUUGCUGUCAUUGCAGUUUGCUAUUUUUCUUACUUAAACUCAGGUUAUAAAAGGGCCCAGCUUACCACUGAUGUCUGUCAGAUGUUAAGGCCAGUUUUCAGAUCACCAAUCAGGUCUAACCUAAAUCUCUCUGUUGAGAUGGCACCGAUGACCCCGUUGUGGCUGUGCUGCCAGCAGGGGUGUUUCCUGUCACAGUUGGCUGAUGCAGGCUGUGCUGGUACACAGAUGGUUAAAAGCUGCUGUUUAAUCCAGGGGAUUACCUUUCUUCAGAGCCUUCUGAGAGAAACCUCUUGAGGGAAUCCUGCUUGCUUAGAGCAUACAGCAGAUGGUUUGUUACUGGAUGCAGCCCUCCUUAAAAACACAGAGCAGCUUUCGGUGCUGUGAAUGAGAGCCACUUGUGAAAGCAGUGGGACAGGUAAUAUCCUGUUUUAUGGAGUGUUCUGAAUGCAGAAAGCUUGCAGCUUUAUUGUAUUUCUAAUCCUGUUCCAUGUUUGAAGAGCCAAAGGUUACCUUCAUUGUAAUAAGGCCGUUCUGUUCCUUUAAAUAACGAGUUUCCCAGAUGAAUUCCAGUUAGCACCUUGUCUUCUGUUCUUCUGCCUGUGCCCUUUUCAUUCUGGCACUGAAAAUGCAGGCAUCCCAUUGCACUGACCCCCCAGGUACCCUGAACUUCUCAGAUGGAAGUGAUUAAAAACUGCAGCGGUAGGAAAUGUUACUCCUGUGUCUCCCUUUAUUCUUGACAGGCAGCCUGCAGACUGACAGACACAGCUGGAUCGAGCUGAAUUUGUUUUUGCCAAACCCAUUGGCCCAGUUUUACGGUGGAGGUUUGAUUAAUGAACACAGGGACUGUACCUGUGACCUGCAGCAUCUGUGCACCCAGGGCAUGUUGGGCUGACGAGGAAGGAAGCUCAUUAGGCCUAAAUGGAGCAACAGACUUCUAGGGACAUUUCUGUGUUCAGGUUAGUCCAAGAUGGCAGACCAGAGGCAACGCUCGCUGUCUACCUCUGGAGAGUCACUAUACCACGUGCUGGGGCUGGACAAGAAUGCUACUUCUGAUGAUAUUAAAAAGUCAUACAGGAAACUCGCACUGAAAUACCAUCCUGAUAAAAACCCUGAUAAUCCAGAGGCAGCAGAAAAAUUUAAAGAGAUCAAUAAUGCACAUGCAAUAUUGACCGAUGCGACAAAGAGAAACAUUUAUGAUAAAUAUGGCUCCCUGGGUCUGUAUGUAGCAGAGCAGUUUGGAGAAGAAAAUGUGAACACGUACUUCGUGCUGUCUAGCUGGUGGGCAAAGGCCUUGUUCGUGUUCUGUGGGCUCAUCACAGGCUGCUACUGCUGCUGCUGUCUGUGUUGCUGCUGUAAUUGCUGCUGUGGGAAGUGUAAACCUAAACCUCCUGAAGGCGAGGAGCAGGAAUACUACGUCUCUCCAGAGGACUUGGAGGCACAGUUGCAGUCAGAUGAAAGGGAGGCCUCAGACGCACCUAUUGUGAUACAGCCAGCAUCAGCCACAGAGACAACCCAGCUCACAGCUGACUCUCACCCUAGCUACCACACUGAUGGAUUUAAUUAAGUUAAGGAAACACUGUAAUUAGAACGGAUUAAGAAAAAAAAAAAAAAAAAUACAUGGCCAA